CUUAAAUAACCAACCACAUAAAUGGAUUCAAGUAAUUUUUCAAAUCACAAAGAAAAAACAUCCAAAAACAGGCUAAAUCCACCUAACCUUAAUCUCCUUUAGUAAUUAGAAAUUAGUUAAAAGUAGUUGAGCUUCUAACCCACUUAAAAACCUACCAAAUAUUCUCUAUUUCAUUUCCUAAUACAACUAAACACUCUAUAAAUUCCUGUACACUAAUCCUCCUCAAAUCACUAAACCCAUUAAUCUUCUUAGUUCCCUUACUUAAACAACCAAACACCCACCAAUUUUCUUCAUCCAAAAUUGAAAAUCGAAAAUCAAAAUGAAGAAAGCAUUCCAAUUAAGUGGUUUUGUAGCAUUAUUAGCUUGUUUGAUGUUGCUAGUUUUAGGAGCUAAUGCACAAGUUCCUACUUCACCUUGCACAACCUCAAUGAUCACCACAUUUACACCAUGUAUAAACUACCUAACUAAUAGUAGUGGUAGUGGAACAUCACCUACAUCGGAUUGUUGCAACUCAUUAAGGUCUCUUAUGACUAAUGGGACUAACUGUCUUUGCCAAAUUAUAACUGGUGGUGUUCCUUUCCGCAUUCCUAUUAACCGGACUUUGGCUAUCUCGCUUCCUCGGGCGUGUAAUCAACCUGGUGUUCCUGUUCAAUGCAAAGCUGCGCCUGGUGCUCCGGUUCCAGCUCCAGGUCCUGUUGCCUUCGGUCCAGCUGCCUCCCCUGCAUCUUCCAUCGCUCCUAGUCCCUUUGGUACUAUCCCUACAACAGAAGCACCAGCCUUAUCUCCUGACUCAGACACAACUCUGAGUCCACCAUCUACAACAGUGGGAUCCUUGCCACCAACAUCAACAUCUACAACUCCAGGAAGUGGUUCUAUCAGUCCUUCUGCUGCAACGCCAUCCCUGAGCAUUUCCCCUGCUGCCCUGCUUUUUUCAGUUGCUGUUAUGAUAAUUAAGUGCUUCUAGAUUGAUUUCACUUAUUGUUAUGUAAUAUAUAUGGCUGAGAUUAUUAUUCUUUGAGAGUCUUGAUAUUGUAAGGAUGUGCUUGGUAUUGUAAGGAUGAUUGUUUGUUUAUAAGGAAUAGAUGUUAGAAACCUAUUUAUGCAUACAUGUUUUCGUGAAAUAAUAUUUUAUUAUUGUGUUCCUUAUA